AUGGCUGAACCAUUUGGCCUAGCAUCCGGAACCCUUGCUCUGGCGACGCUCGCAUUUCAAAGCAGCGUCUCACUUUAUGAGACAGUGAACAGCUUCCAUCCGCAUCCGAAACGUGUGCGCGCUCUUCUCGGUGAGCUUGAAGCUUUAAGCACCGCGCUAGCUUCCCUCGUUGACCGGGUGAAAUCGACCUCUGAUGUCGGUCACUCAGUCCUGGAUCUGCCGCUAUUGCGAUGCGAUAAUGCCUGCAAAAAGUUCCGGCAGGAGGUAACCCAAUGUACGUCGCGAUUGAACAGUAACCGGGCAAGCUUCCGUGACUGGGCGACGCUGACGUACAUGGGUGAUAAAAUUGACGAUUUCUGCGAUUUGCUGGCAGGAUAUAAGGCCACGAUCAAUACUGCCUUGACCGAUGCAACUCUACGCCAAUCUACAGUCACCGUUGAAAGCACCGGAAAAUACGAGGAUCUCAUCCACGAUGCGAAGGAUGACCUGGGAGCUCAAAUUUCUGCAGCCCGGAUGGGUAAUCAACCAGUAAUCGAACUGCUCCAAGCUGAAGUUGACGAAAAUGACCAAAGCUUUUUCCGCGUUCUAGUUGAUGGGCUGUCUAUUAAAUACAUCACCGUGGAACCGGACAUUUACAGCACUGAGGAUAUGUGCUUUGGCCCUUCUCUGGUGUCGGUCUUGCCGACAUUCCCCAUUGGUGACUGGAAUGAUGGAUUGGUGGCUAAAAACCCGAACGACGGCAAACCAUUCUUUGCGCGUGUCUGUCUGGCCCCAUUCCCCGGCGUUCAGAACACCUGGCAUGAAAUCUAUGUCGAUUACUUGGAUCUUUCGAUCGGUCGGAAAUUACGAACAGGUAUUUAUGAAGCCAAAUCAUCGUUAUCUGAUGAUAUUAUUGUCGUCAAAUUCGCUCGUUUUCCGUGGGAGGUUCAAUACAUCGAGAAUGAAACCACAGCAUAUCAAUGGAUAUCCGGCCAUAAUAUCGGGCCGCAAUUUCUUGGUCACUUAACAGAAAACGGUCGAGUGAUCGGGUUUUUAAUGGAACGCAUUACCGAUGCACGGCAUGCUAGUGCUGAGGACAUUGAGGUCUGCAGGGAGGUAUUGUCUCGACUGCAUAACCUAGGGGUUCGACACGGAGAUACCAAUCGAUUUAAUUUUCUCAUCCGUGAUUCGAAGGCUACUUUGAUUGAUUUUGACACGGCCCAGAAAUGCGACGAUCGUGACUCCCUUCUACAGGAGUCUGAAGAAUUAAGUGCAUGUCUCAAAGACAUGUCAGGUAGAGGAGGUGGAGGUCUCCUUUGA